UUCUAAAAAGUUAUCGAUUGUACCGAGUGACCAAACAUGCCCGGGGGUGUUGUUUUUCUGGUCUGCAUUCCCACCCUGAGCUACGAGCACGAACUUGUGUUCGGCGUGCCUCUGAAACGAUCCAAGAGGAUCGAGAGGAACAAGAGCAAACUGGUUGCGCCACUGAAGGUGGAUCUGCGUCUCAAGGAAGCGAAGACGCGUACGCAGCUGCUCACAAUCAACAAUGAUUACAACAACGGUUACAUUGACGACAACGACGAAAACAACGACGUUGGCGUCGACGUCGGGAUCGACUCCAGGCAGCGUUCUCGCGGAUACACGCGAUCGAACACGCCGGUCUUCGUGUCGAUGGAAACGGUGUUGGAGGAACUUCUGAAAAAGCUGAAGGUAGAGCACGUUGUAUGGUGCAAGGACAAAGAAGACAUGUAUUACGAGGUGAUAUUUCCGGUUCCCGCCGGCGAGCCUUGCGAGAACUGCAUACACUGCCUCACCGAAAUGGGUAUCGGCGUUAAAAUGAACUCGAUAGUAAGUGUGAUCCCGACGCAGUGCACCUACAGCGGAGUGAACCCUACGGGAUCGGCGGCUAUCAAGGAUGUGAUUCGCAGACGGAAGGAAUCGGAAGAACGUAAGAACGCCUGGGACGGUUUCGUAGACUCGAUCAGAUCGAAAUUGACGGUGAAGCAGGUAGUCGAUGGCGUUCGCAGCGGUGGCGAUCUCACCUUCGACUACGUGCUGCUGGUACUGACCGCUGACUGUCUCGCCGCACUCGGUCUUGUCGAGAACAGUGCAACCAACGUCGUUGCCGCUAUGUUGGUUUCUCCUCUCAUGGGACCUGUAAUGUCUCUGACUUUCGGAACUAUAAUAGCCGACAGAAAUCUGCAAUUAGUCGGCCUGAAGAGUCUGAUGCUCGGUAUUUUUCUAUCGAUACUUUUCGGCUUCAUAUUCGGCCUCAUUCUCGGAACAACCGAAAUGCCUUGGGGAUACAACGAUUGGCCGACCGAUGAGAUGAAAGGCAGAGGCAACUACAGGUCGCUCUGGAUGGGCGUUCUCUGGGCUCUUCCGUCUGGCACAGGUGUUGCGGUCGCUUUGCUUCAAGGUAGCAAUGGACCACUAAUUGGCGUCGCCAUAUCUGCUUCAUUACUGCCGCCAGUUGUUAAUUGCGGUUUAUUUUGGGCUCUGGGAUGUAUAUGGCUCAUAUACCGACCCAUAAAGAUGCCUCAUAUCAAAGGGGAAUCUUAUACGAACUUUACUACCGCGUACACGUACAUCUACAGCGAUUACUUGCCCGUAGAAUUUUUCUGCAACGGCAUUAUUAGCGCGUGCCUGACGUUUAUCAAUGUAAUGUGCAUCUUUAUUACGGCGAUAAUAGUUCUGAAGAUUAAAGAAGUGGCCGCGCCGUACACAUCCACACCGGAACUGCGCCGAUUCUGGGAACACGACAUCCGUCUGGUUCGCGAUAAGAAUAUCUCCAGAGAUAACAGCUCUCUUGAUUCAAGUUACUACGACGGACUGAGUAAAACUAAACAACGAGCGUUGGAGCGCACGCUAAAUGAAGCAGUUAGAGAGGCGAUGAACGAUGAGACUUUCAGAAAUGUGCAACGACUUAGUUACGGACAACAUGGACCAUCGGAUGAGAUCGGAUCCAGGUUUGGUCUUCACGGUCGAGGAACUUCUGAGAGAGAUAACGCAAAGGAAAAGAAAAACGUUGAAGAAACAGUAAAUGGAGAUCUGCGAUCGCACAAAGGUUUAAAUUUUGGCAAUACAAACGAGGAUCUGGCCGCAUUGGACAGACUAAUGACGUACCUUUUGAGCCAGCCAAGUAAUUCCACUGGUGGUAAUAAUUUGGAUACGUGGAGACGAUCGCUUCGAGCUAGCUCACGAGGUUAUAGACAGUUACGUGGGACCGCCGCCGAUGUUGCGGAAACCGGCGAUGUUGGCACGACGCCUCUUUGAGCCGUCACCACACGUUGACAUUCAGAGAAUAGCAAAUAUUGUAUAUGAAAAUAACAAUAUAAUAGCAGACCUUGAAUUUCGAAAUCAAGAAAUUCUGUAAAAUAAAAUUCUGUGAUAAAAAUGUCAAUGUAAUUCAAUUUUUAUUAAAGAUACAAUAGAUAUA